AUGGCUAGUGAAGACACAUUCAAGCUUGGUGAUCUGGACAGAACCUACAUAGUCAAUCUCACUCAAAGAAUCUAUGAUUGUGGUAGUUUUUGGAUAGUUGGAAUUCCGUGCAAACAUGCAGCACUAGGAGUUAUGUACAGGAGAGAGAAGUUGGAGUCCUAUUGUGAAACUUGGUUCACAAAAGACAAGGCAUACUCUGCAAUGAUUCAUCCUAUUCUUGAUGUAAAGAGAUGGCCUCCUAUGCCUAAAGUGCUCCCAAAAGUUGUUUUGCCACCUAUUUUGAGAAGAGCUCCUAGUAGACCAAGAGUAAAUCGAAGGAGGGAAGCUAAUGAAGGAGCAUCUUCUGCACAAGCAAAAAGGUCAAGUACUUUCAAGUGUAGAAAUUGUGGAGCUUUUGGUCAUAAUAAGAUGACUUGCAAACGAGCACCUAUGCUAAAAAGAACUGCAAAAUAG